CAAACAAAGAACAUUUGAAAAAGUGAAGAUAAAUUCAGUCGUUCAGAAGCUUCCAAAACGUGUAGUUGCUUCCUUUCAAAUAUCCAACAGAUUGAUUUUUUUUUCUUAAAAAAAGAGCACAGAGAUUGCUCAUUUUAUCGGUUCCACUAGAAUCGUCGGCCGUUUAUCAAAUAGGGUGGAGUUUCAUGGUAAAAAGCAAACAAACAAGUUACAAUGAGUUCACCGAUAGAAGGAACACCGAUCGAUGGCAAUGCAGAGAGCAAAAACGAUACAACUGAUGCAUUGCCUGGUGGCAUGACCCGAAAUCAUUCAAACGCAGCGCGCGUCGCACGUAUGCCAACUGAAUGGAAUGCAUUCGAGUACAAUAUGAGACACAAAAAACGGGGUAUGGCCAUUAUUUUCAACCAUGAGCACUUUGAUAUAUCGUCAUUGAACUCACGUACUGGCACCAAUGUUGACUGCGAAAAUCUAAGACACACACUAGAGACACUCCAGUUUGAUGUUGUGGUACACAAGGAUUUAAGUGAGGCCGAUAUUCACCAGGAAAUUAGAAAAAUUGCCAACUCUGAUCAUUCGGAACAUGACUGUUUAUUGAUAUCAAUUUUGUCGCACGGUGAAUUGGGUUACAUCUAUGCCAAAGAUACGCAUUACAGGCUCGAAAAUAUAUGGAAAUAUUUCACUGCACCGGAAUGCCCCACAUUGGCUGGCAAACCAAAGCUGUUCUUUAUCCAGGCUUGUCAAGGUGAUCGAUCGGAAGGAAACAACACACUCAGCCGCACGGAAACCGAUAGUAGUGAUGACAAAUCGAAGGAGUGCAAAAUUCCAAUCCAUGCCGAUUUUCUCAUCGCCUAUUCCACAAUACCCGGUUUCUACUCAUGGCGAAACACCAAUAAAGGUUCAUGGUUUGUGCAGUGUUUGUGUCUGGAGCUCAAGCAAAGUGCAAAAAAACAUGAUAUUCUAACGCUGCUCACCUUUGUGUGUCAACGUGUGGCCAAGGAUAUUGACUUCGAAUCGAAUAGUAACGACAAUCCGAUCAAAAAACAAAUUCCAUGCAUUACGACGAUGCUAACUCGGCAGUUGUGGUUCUAUGAGAAAUAAACCGUUUUUCUUGUUGUUGGUUUGAUUAUUUCUUAAUGUGUGCUUGAACAUUUUCGCGCUCCGACAAAUCGAUUAAAUUAACUCACACAUUCACAUUGAAAAAAAAAACGAAAACCAACAAAAUAAUAUGUAUUGAAUAAAAAUGAUAUUAUUGAAUUGUAAA